UCCUCCACAUUUACAUGAUUUACAAACAACUCUCUCAAAAUUGGAUCAUGUUACAGAACGUGGGACACGUUUUAAAAAAUCCACCUCUUUUAUAUCAAAUCGCAACAGCGCUAUCACCCACUUUGAGCAUGUUCGUAUUUUUGCAUUUAUGUUGGACAUCACGAAAAGGGCUGGAUUUCUUGUACCACUCUUGUUUUAAAGGGGCAGGAUAUCAUACUGGGUACAGCUUUUCGAACAUUGCGAAAAUGUUUGCACUCUUAUCAGUGAGCAUGUUGGUAACAUUUGGAGGGGAAUUGAAUUAUCCACUAUUCAGUGUCUUAAAACGACGAGAGUUUUAUGAUGAACCUGUCGUUCUUCUACGCUACGUUACAGCAGAUAUCACAGCUUUGAGGGACAUGAUGCAAACAGUGAUAUGUCCAAGUCUCGUAUUUCUGUUAUUUUUUUACGAUUCGAUUUUCCGUUUUACAACAAUGCUGCAUCUUUCUUUCUUGACGUGCUACGUGAUAAAACGGAUUGGAGACGAGGUACAAGAUUAUUUAGAAGACGAAAAAAAUUCUUUGCCGUGUGAAAAGUUCAUUGAAAUGUACGACAUAAUAGUACAGCUAAUUGGUGACAUUAAUGAGUCAUUGGGGGUCUUGGUGCUGGCAACAAUAGUGAACACGCUGUCAUUUUUCAGUCAAGCCUUGACGACGGUGCUAGACUCGGAAAAGCAAUUGUGGGAUCGCCUCUAUGUCAUUGGAAUUGUCAGCUUUUUCGGAAUAUUUGUAGGAUUUGCUGCUCAAGGAGCUGAUCGUCUGGAAAAUAUUGAAGGAUUUGUUUCCCGUAAAAAACAAGAUCCCGAUUACAAUGAGAACAGAGCGUUGCAAUUAAUGAUACCCAACAUGACAAAUAAUCCGCUCGGACUUAAAGCUUUCAAAUUCAGGAUUUCUUAUGGAUUUAUCGUUUCAAUUUUCAGUACAGCAGUGACAUACUUUAUUAUACUGCUACAGUUCUCCACGUCCUCAGAUAAACAGUAAACCUUAUGCGAGCAUAUAUAUCCUAAGCACUUGUCAAUUAGUGAGAAACUCCAAAAUUGGGUCCUCUGGUUACUUGUGGGGGUUGGGAUUUAGUUAAAAUCAAAGGAGAGUGAUAGAAACCUUGAUCUGCUGAAGGUUUCAUUAAGAUCUCAGAUUUAAUAAAAACAAUCCUCAUUUGUUGAUAACCA